GGUAUCCCAGGUCCCGAGAGUGAUUUAUGUCAACAUUGUCAACGUCGCGGUGGUAUUAUAUUAUUUUACGUGAUUAAAUAGAAUAAAUUAGAAAAAUUAAGAUAAAUGUAGUGUUUUAAUUCAAAUUAUCAUAGUACUUAGCAAUAUGAAUACUUCUGUAGAAGGAAUUAUUGUGAACAAUUGUCAAUACGCCCCGAUUUACGUGAUACAAGAUCCUGGCGCCACUCAGGGAAAUACAUACGUCCUUGCAUCGAAUAAUGUGGAGGCACCUAAACCAGUCAGUAAUAACCUGAAAACAUUUUAUGAAAACAGCGGAAAUAUUGAGAAUGGGUUAAUAAACACAGAUACCGGUGUCAAACUUAAUGUUGUCAAAAAGAAAGAGAGCGUAUUGAUAGGAAACAACUUGAAAUUGGCCAGCUUCCUGCUGCCUAAAAACGAAAAUGUAAAUAAACAAUAUGUAGUUGAUAACUUUGUUUUGAAACCUACCACAACCACGACAGCGAGUAAUCCAAUACCUAUAAACCAUCCACUAAAUACAGUACCAAAAAUAGAUAUUGAUAGAAAGAUAGUGAAACUCAAAGAGGUUCCGAUCAUCAACAGACAUCGGCCUGACAAAGUUUUGCCAAAGAUUAAACCAAAAGAGAACACACCCAGUCCCACUCGAUCCAAACACACAUCAGUGCAAUUAAUAAAAUUAGGAGAAACUUAUCAUAGUUUAAAUCAUUUAAGUGCUGAUCAAAUAAAGAUGGUGAAUCAAGCCUUGAAAAUGUUUAAUGAUCCUGAUAAAUCAGUACCAGAACCUACAUAUGAUCCAGUCACCAAUACUAAGUAUAUUUACAAGGUGGUGUCACCAAAAGAUCUAACAGUAGUCGCCAAAAAGAAAAUCUUGUUAAAAGAUCGAAAACAUCAGCUCACAAAAAUCCCUAAACGAAUAGAAGCAGAGAAAAUCGUGAAACAUAUGCCACCAGAAAAAAUUGUGAAGCAAGUUGUGACUAAAGAGGUUCCAAUUCAAAAAGAAAUUAUUGAAGAAGAAGUUGAGCCACCAGCUGAGGCCAAGGUAACUAGAAGUGGUCGAAAAGUAAAACUGCCCAAACAAAUAUUACCAGAAGGAUCACCACAAAAGACUAAGAAGAAAAGCGGAACCAUUGUCUCUUGUUUCCAAUGUUGUACUGAUUUUGGCAGUCUGUACCGGCUUCAAAAACAUUACGAAAAUCAUCCCACACACAUACCUGCAAAAAUCCAUUCCAAUUUAUUUCAUUGUUUACUUGCUAUCAUCAAGAGCGGAUCUGAAGGAAAUAAAACCAACAUAUUUAUACAGCAACUGGAACAACUUAUUGUUAAACUGAAGUCGUUACUGCCAUGUUUACUGAGCAAAGUAGAAGGUACUGAUGGACAACCUUGCACAAUCAACGAGGAUAUUGGCCGAUUAUUUGGCAUGAAUCCUGGCAAAUAUAAUAUUGAUGUGGAAGCAUUAAAUUGUGUAAAAGAUAAAAAUGGUUACUGUAUCCACAAUCCUCCAAAAAUCACUCAAUUGAAUAAAGAUCAAAUGAAAUCUCCUCAUUUACUUAAGAAUAUUGAUGAAAUAUUGAUUCCUGAGAAUGAAACUGAAAAUUGUGCAAGAAUAAAUUCAGUGGCGAAAUGGCCCACUGUCAGCAAGAGAAUUUGGAAACUCAAACAGAAAACAAAUGAACAACAAAAUGCUAAAAAAAUUAGACUGAAAUCAGAGGGGGACACUCUCAUAGAGCUGGGAACCGAAGAUUUUAACUUUCCUAAAGAUGAAAAGAACAAUUUUAAUGCUGCAAGUAUUAUUCCCGAUAAUAAUAUAGAAACAGCAGAAAUUAUACCUCAAGCUGAAGUGGCGAAAUUGUUAGAGAGUAAAAGAGACUGCCAAGUCAACUCUAAUUCGGUGACUGAACAGCAGACUGAUGAUACUACCAUGAAUGAACUUAACAAACCAAAAACUAACUACGUGAAAUUCCACAGUGCGCACUUCGACAUUCGAUCCUCACCUAUAAAAUCGUCUUCAACGGUGUUCCGUAAAUUCCAGAUAAAUCCCAGCAAAAUGGCUAGCUAUGAUGGACAGGUUAUACGUUCAUUAGAAAUGGUUAAUAAGCCUGACGAUAAAGAUGUCCCGCCGAAAAAUUCUAAUGGACUACCUAAUUCAGAGAACAAAACGCAACAAAACAGAGAAAACAGGGUUCAUAUCAGUACAAAUCCUAAUCUAAGUGUGAGACGUGACCUCUUAGAUACUAAUAAUAGUAUACAUUUAAGUAUACCUGAUAGUUUACUUGACUCAUUAACAAAUUCCAAUGGUGAUCAUGUUGACAUGUCACCUAAUAAUGGCUUACAAUUGCACUCUUUGACUGAUUCAAAUGGAAUACAACAUGUUACAGUGGUCAAUUCAGAAAAUGGACUUGAUGUUGAUAUGUUAGACUCAGAUAACGAUAUCCGCCUUACUAAACCUACUUCGCCACAUGAUCUGCAUAAUGAGAUGCCAAAUAUGGAUGUUGGAGUAGAUACUGCUAUUUCUAACUCAAGUAAAAAUGUACAUGUUACCAUAGAUGAUACUAAUAGACGGUUAGAUGUUAAUUUGCCAAAUUCGAAUAGUAUACAAUAUUUAGUUUCAAAUUCAGGUACUACUCUACAUGAUCUGUUCAAAGAUGACGUAGAUUUAGAAUGCAAAGAUUCAGAUGUGAUAGACCCUGAUUUAAAAGACUGGAUUAUAGGUACAAGUGAGAAGUCGGAAGAUGGUUUUAGUAAGUCCAGUUUAAUGGAACCAGUGUUGCUACAUAGUGAGAAAUCAUUAGACUCGAAAACUUUAACUCAGUGCAAUGACAUGCCAACAUUAGACGACUCAUCUGACAAUCGCCUUCUAUCAAGCCAAGGCGAAUCAGUAUUAAAUUUUUUAGAUACACUAGGUAAUGACUUAUACCCAGAGACUGAGAUUAGAAAUAAUGGUGUGGACUUCCAGCUGGAUCUGUUCGCAUUUCAUAAUUCAUAGUUUAGUAGUUACUAAGAACAAUUUUAGGUUUAAGAAGAAAUGAUUAAGUACAUAUAUUUUUAGAGAAAUAAUAGAUUUGUACUUAUUGGCAUAUUAGUUUAUUUAUCUUAUUAUUUAUAUGUGUAUUAUAAUAAGUAUCAAUGAGAUUAGGUGAACUGCAAUUUAGAAGAAUAGGCAAAAAUGGAAAUGUUAUUUGAUAAUGUAUCUUGCAAAUCAACUUUAGAAGCUAAAUUUAGAUUUUGUAUUCACUUUGGAUCACUGAUAGUGAUAAUAAUGUAAAGUACGUAAAUAAUGUUUAAUGCAUUAUGUUACAUAUACAAUGAAUUACUGGUACAAUUGAUUUGUAUUUUGUAAAUAAUAAAUUGGUAUAUAAAAUGGAAAUUGUUUUUUAAUCUGUUCUUUAGUUUCUAUACUAUUAUUUAGAUUUUCAACAAACAAAAUGAUAAUGAAACAAUUAUACUUCAAUCAACCACUUUAUUCAUAAAUUGUUAUUUUU